AUGUCCAGCCUCGCGGCUGAAUUUGCUAUGAAAGAUCUUGGACCUCUCCGUUACUUCUUGGGUAUAAACGUCACUCGUACCGGUGACAAAAUGUUUCUGUCUCAACACUCUUAUGCUUUGGACAUUACUGCUCGUGCAGGGAUGCAAACCUGCAACCUCGUUGCCACUCCUGUUGACACAAAGCCCAAACUCAGUACCAUCUCUAGCGAGCUCUUCGAUAAUCCUACGAUGUACAGAAGUUUGGCGGGUGCCCUUCAGUAUCUCACUUUCACCAGACCUAACAUCAGCUAUGCAGUUCAACAGGUUUGUAUGCACAUGCAUGAUCCGAAAAUAGAUCAUUGGAAUACCCUCAAACGAAUAAUUCGAUACAUUCAGGGAACAUCGAGUUUUGGCCUUGCACUUUCUUCUUGCUCAGAUGUUUCACUACGGGCUUACACUGAUGCUGACUGGGCUGGAUGCCCCGAUACACGUCGGUCCACCUCAGGUUACUGUGUUUACAUGGGUCCCAAUCUUUUGUCUUGGUCCUCUAAACGUCAGUCCACUAUCUCUAGAUCUAGUGCCGAAGCAGAAUACCGUGCAGUAGCAAAUGUCGUUGCAGAAGUCUGUUGGCUUCGGAAUCUUCUCUUAGAGCUUCGCCGCCCGUUGAAAACGACAACGCUAGUUUAUUGUUACAGCAUUAGCGCCAUCUAUCUCUCAGGAAACCUAGUGCAGCAUCAGCGUACCAAGCAUAUUGGGUUGGAUAUACACUUUGUUCGAGAACAUGUUCAGCGGGGUAACAUUCGAGUUCUUCAUACUCCAACUCGGUUCCAAAUUGCAGACAUCUUCACUAAAGGCCUGCCAAGGAUAUUUUGUUCGAUGACUUUCGUUCCAGUCUCAACAUUCGGGCACCUCUUGCUUCGACUUGGGGGGGGGUGUAAUGGAAUAUUAUAG